CCGACUAGCGCGAUCAUUGAUUAAGUAGUGAGUAACGAGCGCGAGCGCGACCCACUCUGCUUCUCUCGUUCGCCUUUGUUCUCCGCAUCUACACCCAUAAAAACUACGCGCAGGAUGAUGCGAAGAGACUGAUUCAUGAGAUUCAGGACAUGCUGAAGGGAAGUUAUGCGGAGACAGCCCUACGCGUUCGCACCUUCACCGGUGGUCGCCGCGUCGUCGUCUCCAAGAGAGGGGCUCGUGCCAAACCUAGAUGACGGUAUGGAUCGAGCGGACUACUACUUAAGGACCCAAUCGUCCUGUGAGGUCGUCCAAGGUCUCCCCUUAGCGUUCAGAGCAUUCAAAGCUUCACACAAGAACAUCGCGCAAGCCUGCUAUAAUGUCUGCCCCUAGGGUCGCCAUCGUCAUUUACUCUAUGUAUGGGCAUAUAGCUAAAUUGGCUGAAGCUGUGAAAGCUGGUGUUGAGUCCGCGGGUGGUACUACUACUAUCUACCAAAUUGCGGAAACACUGCCAGACGAGGUGCUGGCCAAGAUGCACGCCCCUCCAAAGCCCAGCUACCCUAUCUUGCCCGCUGCAGACUUGCCCAGCUUCGAUGCCUUCAUUUUCGGCGUCCCUACCCGUUAUGGCAAUUUCCCUGGCCAGUGGAAGGCAUUCUGGGACCAGACUGGUGGUCAUUGGGCCAAAGGGUCUUUGGCUGGCAAAUACGCUGGCGUUUUUGUUUCAACCUCCACCCAGGGCGGAGGUCAAGAGGCGACUGUCAUCAGUACACUUUCCACCCUCACUCACCACGGCAUCAAUUUUGUCCCGCUUGGAUACUCUACCACAUUCUCAAUACUGUCCAACCUUAACGAGAUUCGCGGUGGUUCUCCUUGGGGCGCCGGCACUUUUGCUGGAGUGGACGGCUCUCGAUAUCCUUCAGCCCUUGAGCUGGAGCUCGCGACAGCGCAAGGCAAACAGUUCUGGAACACCAUCAGCAAGGUCAAUUUUAGUGCUUAAUUUCCGCUGUCCACUUCGAAGCAGCUCUAUUGUGCUCCUGUGUCGUGACUUCUGUUGAUCAUGUACAGCAUAUUCAAACGGAAACAUUAUCUAUCAUAUAUAAUCUAAAUCAUAUUACAAAUCUAGUUGUGAUCACAAUUCGUGUGCGAGGUAGAAUACCACUCGCUUGGCCAACUCUGCACCCAGGCUUAGAGACGCUGUGGUAACGGCAAGCCUUACGGCGGGCUGUCUCCAGUCAAGCGAAGCCUGUGCAACAGCUGUCAAUGUACGAAGCGGUUGCGAAUGAGGCGACGUACUGCAACAGGUGUAACCAUAGGCUUGCCGCCAUGGCCAGGAACAAGGAGGAGCAAGUCUUCCAAAAUCUCCGUAGGCAAUGUGGCUGUUGGGGCUGUCGUUCGUGUCAGCAACUGCCGUACGGCAUCCCCGGGUCGCACCCACUUGGACCCUGAUAUACACCUUCGAUGUUGUGCUCUGGAUGCGCAAAACUAGCGUAGCGAACUUGAUUUAGUAUGGUUCUACAUUCUUCGAGAGGAUGCCAAGAAUAUUCUUCAGGGUCCAAGAGAUAUGAAGGUGCGUAUUCGCCUUUAUAUCGCAUCUUCUGACACGAGUGGAUAUAGAACCCUGCCUAGAUGUCAGCAGGUAGGCGAAA